UUCAAAGAAAAACAAAAAGGAAUUUUUCUAUUUGCUUUUUAAUAAUUUUCCUGUAAACUAAUUGGCUCCUAUAAGCUGUGACCUUUUGGUUAAAGACGAAAUUUAUUAAUAAGGAGAAUUUAAAUAUUGUGAUAUAGAAUUUUAUAUAUAUAACAAACAUGACAUCAAAUAACGAUGUAACACAGGACGCAACUCCGGAAAGUGAUUUUAGCAUUGAGGGUUUUGAAAAUUAUACAGCAGCAGAAGCUUUUAUUCAAGGUUUAGCUGGUUUAGUAAAUCAAAGUGACGUGGAAACUAUGAUAAGAGCGCAAAAACAAAUGCUGCAAAGAUUUGAGAAAACCAAUGAAAUGCUUCUAAAUUGCAAUGCAUUGUCGCAGAGCCGUUUAAAACUUGCCAACGAUGAUUUUAAAAGACAUUGUAAAGUGUUGGGCGAAAUGAAAAAGGAUCUCGAUUAUAUAUUUCGUAAAAUUCGCAUAAUAAAACAAAAGUUAAGUCAUCAAUACCGAACGGCGUAUGCAGAUGCCCAACCACAGAGAAACAGUUUAGCUGAAGAAGCGGAAGACGAAACCGAAGUAAAAAAAUCCGCUAUGCAAGCGUGCAAAACAGCGGAAGACUUGUCGAAAUCUUGCAUUACAAAUCAAGAAAAACCAUCUACAUUCACUACAGUGGAAUAUGUUCAAAUGGAAGAAGCCAUUGAUAAUGGCAAACCUAUAGAAAAUGAUUUGAUUAAAAAAGUUUGUUCCAUAGAAAUUACUAAUCCCAAUGAUUCAUCGGAUUGUACUUCGGAAGAUACUGGUUAAAAAAUUUAAAAAAAUAAAACA